UUCAGCGAGGUCGUGUUUUUGGUUAUUAGUUGGUUCCCGUUUGUUUUGCGGAUGGUUGAUCAUCGCGAUGAUAUUUAUGUAAACAAACUGCUGGACCGGGUUUCGUGCGCGAUUCGCCGGUGCCGGGCAUAAUUCGCGUGAGAACUAGCGUACGUUCAGCAGGCAGACAUUUCACGGGCUUUACAUUGCAAAGGUUGAAUUUUCCGUUAAAUCUCAACAAGGGAGAAAUGGGGGAUUCCGACGAGGAGAACGAGAAGGACUUUGCGUCUGGCCUCAACAUCACUGGCUUCCUCUUUGGCAACAUCGACGACAAUGGUCAAUUGGAGGAUGAUAUCUUGGAUCCUGAAGCUAAGCAACAUUUAGCUUCACUCAGUCACCUUGGUCUGAGUUCGUUCAUCAAUGAGAUGAUGUCCAAUGACAACAAUGCCGAGGAGAAAGAGAAUGGCAAAGCGGAUGAUAAGGAGGAUCAAAACACAACUGUGAAUGACACAGAUGUGGAUUACUUGGCAAAAUCACCCACCGCGCUAGAUUUUUCGGAUAUAAAUGAGUUAGCGGAUGAUACAAAUGAUGAGAUCUCUAAAAGUAAUGGACUUGACAAGAAAGUUGACAAGGAGAAUGCAGAUUAUGAUGCCGACGAUGAGGAGGUCAUCAGCAAAUCAGAUACACAAUUGAUGCCACCGCCGCCGAUACCAGAGGAAAAAGAGGCAUUGACUGCAGAGGAAGCAGAGGCGGCGCGUCAACGUAAAUUGGAGACGCCCCUCGCUUCCAUGCUGCCGUCCAAGUACGCUAAUAUCGACGUCACCGAAUUGUUCCCAGACUUUCGCGCCAACAAAGUACUCAGAUUCUCACGACUGUUCGGUCCAGGCAAGCCGAGCAGUCUGCCACAGAUAUGGAGAGGUGUGAGGAAGCGACGUAAGAAGAAAAAGCAUCAUGAUGUCAGAGAUUCUGAUUCUGGCUCUGAUCAGGAUGACAAAAAACCCAAAUUUAAGGGUUGGAUCGUGCAUUACGGUCCUGAGCCGAGCGCGGAAGCAUGUCGCUCGGAUGACGAAAACAAACUUCUGCGACCGGUAGAAGACAAGGAACAGACCGGUAAGACCGGCGAGAAUGGAGAGAACGGUGACAUGGGACCCAAAGUGGCUGACUGGAGAUUUGGACCCGCGCAGUUGUGGUAUGACAUGCUAGAAGUUCCAGAAACUGGAGACGGGUUCAACUACGGCUUCAAGACGAUUGAAAAAGUGGAAGAGCAAGAAGGCGACAAACCAGAAACCCAAGAUGAGGAGUUUGCUGAUGACGCAUUUUUAAUGGUGUCCCAGUUGCAUUGGGAAGAUGAUGUUGUCUGGAACGGAGAUGACAUAAAGCAUAAGGUAAUGCAGAAGUUAAACAGUAAGAACAAUGCUGCUGGCUGGGUGCCAUCGAGCGGUAACAGAACCGCGCAAGCCUUCAGUCAGCCAGGAAAGGGUGCCCCGGUUAAUGUAGCACCUAACGUUAGACUGGCCACUUCACAAAUUACAACGCCAUUGCAUAUGCAAUCUCAGAAGAAUAAGAUGAACAUGGGUAAGGGAAAUCAGCAACAACAGCGGGAGGAAGACGAUACGUGGUAUUCGAUAUUUCCGGUGGAAAAUGAAGAGCUUGUUUACGGUUUAUGGGAGGAAGAGGUCAUUUGGGAUCCUGAAAACAUGAGAAAGAUCCCAAAACCGAAGAUACUUACAUUGGAUCCGAACGACGAGAACAUAGUUCUAGGCAUACCGGACGAUAUAGAUCCCGCUCUUCUUCACAAGGAUAAUGGCCCGCAGCCCAAGGUAAAAAUUCCGCAUCCGCAUGUCAAGAAGAGCAAACUAUUGCUGGGCAAAGCGGGCGUCAUCAACGUCCUUGAAGAAGACACGCCUCCGCCACCGCCAAAGUCGCCCGACCGAGAUCCGUUUAACAUAUCAAAUGACACGUAUUACAUGCCCAAGUCCUCAGAAACUACGUUGAGGCUGAAAGUCGGCGGCGGCAAUUUGAUACAACACAGCACUCCAGUAGUGGAGCUGCGCGUUCCUUUUGUACAAACGCACAUGGGUCCAAUGCGAUUGAGAAAUUUUCAUAGGCCGCCGUUGCGAAGGUUCAGCCAUGGGCCGUUGGCUCAUCCAGGACCGCAUGGUGUCUUGCCCCUACUAAAGCACAUUAAGAAGAAAGCUAAGCAACGAGAGCAAGAAAGGAUUGCUUCCGGUGGGGGCGAUGUGUUCUUCAUGAGAACACCUGAGGACUUAACCGGACGGGACGGCGAGUUGGUGCUCGUUGAGUUUUCAGAGGAACAUCCACCGCUUAUGAAUCAGGUUGGCAUGUGCUCCAAAGUGAAGAACUAUUACAAGAGGAGGGCGGGCAAGGAUCAGGGACCGCAGACGUACAGAUACGGAGAGACUGCAUACGCUCACACCAGCCCCUUCCUGGGAAUACUCACGCCUGGCCAAAGCAUCCAGGCAGUCGAGAAUAACAUGUACAGAGCUCCCCUUUACGAGCACAAAAUUCCCGAGACCGAUUUCUUAGUUAUAAGAACGAGACAGCAAUAUUAUGUUAGAGAAGUGGACGCCUUGUUUGUUGCCGGACAGGAAUGCCCACUUUACGAAGUUCCUGGACCUAACUCAAAGAGAGCAAACAACUUUGUACGAGAUUUUCUACAGGUGUUCAUAUACAGAUUGUUCUGGAAGUCACGCGAUACUCCCCGACGAAUUAAGAUGGAUGAUAUAAAGAAGGCCUUCCCAUCUCACAGCGAGAGUAGCAUCAGGAAGAGAUUGAAGCUGUGCGCUGACUUUAAAAGAACCGGCAUGGAUUCCAAUUGGUGGGUAAUAAAACCGGACUUUAGAUUGCCAACGGAGGAAGAGAUCCGCGCUAUGGUGUCGCCAGAGCAAUGCUGCGCUUAUUUCAGCAUGAUUGCGGCCGAACAGCGUCUAAAGGACGCCGGAUACGGUGAGAAGUUUCUGUUCACUCCACAGGACGAUGACGACGAAGAUAUGCAGCUAAAGAUGGAUGACGAGGUGAAGGUGGCACCAUGGAACACGACGCGCGCAUACAUCCAAGCCAUGAAAGGAAAGUGUUUACUGCAGUUGGCAGGUCCAGCCGAUCCAACUGGGUGCGGUGAAGGUUUCUCUUAUGUUAGAGUGCCGAAUAAACCAACUAUUAGCAAGGAAGAGCAAGAAGCUCAACCAAAAAGAACUGUAACUGGCACAGAUGCAGACUUGAGGAGAUUGUCCUUGAACAAUGCAAAAGCGUUGCUGCGAAAGUUCGGCGUACCCGAGGAAGAGAUUAAGAAGUUAUCGCGUUGGGAGGUAAUCGACGUAGUUCGAACUCUGUCCACAGAGAAAGCAAAAGCCGGUGAGGAGGGCAUGACGAAGUUUUCACGUGGCAAUCGUUUCUCUAUCGCCGAACAUCAAGAACGUUACAAGGAGGAGUGCCAACGAAUCUUCGACUUGCAGAACCGCGUAUUGUCGUCAAACGAAGUAUUGAGCACAGACGAAGGCGAGAGCUCGGAAGAGGAUAGCUCUGAUAUCGAGGAAAUGGGUAAGAACAUUGAGAAUAUGUUGUCGAACAAAAAGACCAGCACGCAGCUAUCGCUGGAGCGGGAGGAGCAACAGCGGCACGAGCUACGGAAGAUGCUGAUGGGCGAGGCGCAGGAGCAGGAGAGCAAGAAGGCCAAGGAGAGCAAAAAGAAGGACGACGAAGAGGAUAGCCCGGUUAACAACUUCAAUGCGCAGCAGGGUCGCGUAUUAAAGAUCUACCGCACGUUCCGUAAUCCGGAGGGUAAGGAGUAUACGCGAGUCGAGCUGGUGAGGAAGCCUGCUGUGAUCGACACGUACAUAAAGAUCCGCAAUUCGAAAGAUGAGACGUUUAUCAAGCAGUUCGCCACAUUGGACGAGGCGCAGAAGGAAGAAAUGAAGCGGGAGAAGCGUAGGAUUCAGGAACAGUUGCGACGAAUCAAACGGAAUCAGGAGAGAGAACGUAUGUUGGGUGGGCCGCCGAUAGUGAACGGCAGCAGCAUCAACAAUUCGAGCAACAACAUAUUUGAUCGCAGCAACACUAACACCCCGACUACCACUUCCUCAACUAGUAUCCUUCCAUUCUGUAAUUUCCAAUCCUCUACUUCCUCCACCCCCGCACCCAAACAUCCUAAACCGGAGGUAUCGCCUCCCAAGCGCAAAAAGCCUAAACUCAAGCCAGAUCUGAAGCUUAAGUGCGGCGCUUGUGGCAACGUUGGUCACAUGCGUACCAACAAGGCCUGUCCGCUCUACCAGAACAGCAUUGCCACAGCACCGGUUAACGUUGCGAUGACUGAGGAACAGGAGGAGGAAAUUGAAAAGCAGCUAAAUACCGACGAUCAGGAUCUAGUUAAUGUCGAUGGCACUAAGGUGAAACUAUCCUCGAAACUUAUCAAGCAUGCCGAGGAGAUGAAGAGACGUACAUUGUUGCUCAAAGUGCCGAAGGAGGCGGUGAAUUCGAAGAAACGCAGGAAACCGCCCACAGAUGACCACUGCGAUUAUUUGAAACGCCACCAAAGGCCGGUUAACAGGCGUAGGACUGACCCAGUUGUCGUAAUGUCAACAAUGUUGGAAAGCAUUCUGAACGAGAUGAGGGAUUUGCCCGAUGUGCAACCGUUCCUGUUUCCAGUCAAUGCUAAAGUAGUCCCCGAUUAUCACAAGAUCAUACAGCGACCCAUGGAUCUACAGACCAUACGUGAAAAUUUGAGAAUGAAAAAAUAUCAAAGCAGGGAAGAAUUUCUGGCGGAUGUCAAUCAGAUCGUGGAGAACUCGACACUCUAUAAUGGAACGAAGAGUUCGUUGACUGUAGCCGCUAGGAGAAUGUUGGAUACGUGCGUCGAGAGGCUCGGUGAAAAGGAGGAUCGUUUGAUGAGGCUGGAGAAAGCAAUCAAUCCUCUUCUUGACGACAAUGACCAAGUUGCCCUCACCUUCAUCUUGGACAACGUUGUCAACAACAAAUUGAAAUCCAUGACAGAAGUAUGGCCGUUCAUGAAACCUGUGAAUAAAAAAAUGGUGAAGGAUUAUUACAGUAUUGUCAAGAGGCCGAUGGACCUAGAAACAAUAUCUAAAAAAGUUUCUGCGCACAAAUACCACAGUCGUAACGAAUUUCUCAGAGAUAUCGAACAGAUUUUGGAGAAUUGCACGCUUUAUAAUGGCAAGGACUCUCCGCUCACAAAUAAAGCGGAGUUGCUGGUUAAAGUGUGUAAAGACACAUUAGACGAGUAUGAUGAACAUCUGACGCAACUAGAGAACAAUAUAGUGCUCGUGCAAAAACGGGCGAUGGAACAAGCGGACAUAGAUUCCUCGUGGCUUUGUCAGGAUGAGGAAAACUAUACUAUUACAGAACCUGAAUACAGAGGCAGUCAGACCAGUUCUCCGGAAAAUCCAUUUGGCAAAUCAAAUAUGGAUGACUUCGAUUUUGUCGAUGUAGAAGGAGACAUGGAAGCGGAUAUGGAUAGAAACUCGAAAAAGAAAGAUGUACUCGAAGAAGAUCUUCAAUUCUCCAGUGAAGAUGAGUUCGAUGAAGUGCCAUUCGGCACAGACGAACAUUCCGAGCAAAACGAAACGGAGGCACUGGAAUUAAGUGAAGUCAGAGAAGAAGGUGUCAUAUUAGCGGACGAUGAUAGUCAGCAAGCCGCCGAGGCGAUGGUCCAGUUAGGCAACGUCGGUUUUUAUAUGGGCGAACAGCAACUGCUUCAACAAGAUGAGAGCAUGGACGUCGAUCCAAAUUACGAUCCGUCAGACUUUCUGUUGGCUGGUUUACCGGCCAGAGACGAUAAAGGCGAAAAUAAGAUCCAGGACGACUUAGCCGUUUCCGAAAGCGACGAUGACGCCGAAAACACCACAUUAAAGCAGGAAGUAGAAGAGCAGAAUCAGCAGCAACAGCUGCCGCAACCGGACGAGGACGUCGGCGGUGAUUUGUGGUUCUAA